AUGGCAGGACAUAGAUUUCCCAACGGAAUGCCUGCUCCGAGUAGAGCACACCUUUUCUUGGCGAGGUUACUUGGAGGAUCUAUGACCUUUUGGAUACUCUAUCGCGGAAGACAGGAUAUGCCAGUUGUCCUGCACUUGAAACACCCUUGGGACCAUGAUGGACAUCAUGACAGUGACAGCAGUCAUCAUUGA